UCCACUAUGUGUGUGUGUGUAAAUGAUCAUUCAAUAAAAUGGACCUUACUCUAACUUCCACUUUCCGACCAUCUUUACCACCUGAAUUCUCAUUCAUUCACCGGAAAAUUAACCAACCCAUUAUUCUCCAUCAUAAUUUGAAGUGUAAACCAUUAAUUUCAAAGAAUAAAGUGAUUACUAUGGCAAUUAAAAAGCCAAAAAUUGAAGGUGUAAGUGAAGCAUUAAAUGAAAUUGCUUCACAGAAUUUGGAUCAUGCUCCUGCUAGAAGAAGGGUUCGAUCAGCUUUUAUUGCUACUCAGCAACAGCUUGAUCAUAUCUUAUUUAAGAUGGCUCCAGCUGAUAUCAGAGUAGAAGAGUGGUAUGAAACAAAUUCGAAAGGCCAACAGAUUUUCUGUAAAAGUUGGCUGCCAAAGCCAGGCGUACGAAUUAAAGGUGCUUUGUGCUUUUGUCAUGGAUAUGGUGAUACCUGCACUUUCUUCUUUGAAGGUAUUGCAAGGUUUAUUUCGGCCUCUGGCUAUGCAGUCUAUGCGAUUGACCAUCCCGGUUUUGGUCUCUCGGAUGGUUUGCACGGAUAUAUUCCUGAAUUUGAUGGUAUAGUUGACAAUGUCAAUGAGCAGUAUGUGAAGAUAAAAGGUAGGCCAGAAGUUAGCGGGCUUCCCUGCUUUAUAUUUGGGCAAUCAAUGGGAGGUGCAAUUGCUCUGAAAGCUCUUCUAAAGGAACCACGUCAAUGGGAUGGAGUUGUCCUUGUUGCGCCAAUGUGCAAAAUUGCAGAAGACAUGACGCCACCAGUUCUCCUACAGAAAGUCUUGAUUUUUGUAUCAAACGUUACGCCACAAGCAAAGAUAGUCCCUACUAAAGAUUUGGCAGAAUUGGCAUUCAGGGAGUUCAAGAAAAGGAAAAUGGCUCCAUACAAUGUAAUCUCUUACUCGCAUAAAACACGCGUGAAAACUGCUGUUGAACUCUUAAACGCUACAAAAUACAUAGAAUCGCAGGUGGAAAAGGUGGCAUCCCCGAUGCUCAUUCUUCACGGAGCUGCAGAUAAAGUGACGGAUCCUCUCGUUAGUCAGUAUCUGUAUGAUAAGUCUUCGAGCAGCGACAAAACUCUUAAGCUCUAUGAAGGAGGCUAUCACUGCAUUCUUGAAGGUGAACCUGAUGACAGGAUUCUUACUGUGCUCAAUGACAUUAUCUCGUGGCUUGAUUCUCGUUGCUCCGCAAAUUAGGCUUGAGUUUUUAAGGGGUUUUGUAGAGGGAUUUCUUGUAGUUGGGAACCAACACCAUUGAUCUAGUUUAGGAAAUGUGAUGCUAGACAAUAAAACCAAAUUCAUUGUGGGAUAUACCGAGGGUCUAUUAGAAACAAACUCUCUAUCCUCACAAGGUAGGGGUAAGGUCUGCAUACACACUACCCUCCCCAGACCCUACAGUGUGGAAUAUUACUGGGUAUGUUGUUGUUGUUGUCAUUGUGGGAUAUAGGCAUAUGGCAAUAUUUUGUAACUGCUAUUGUUAUUGUUGGGUGAUUUGGUUAUGAAGCUGAAAUUUAGGCGCCCAGCAAGUGAGAAACGAGGGUUCGAUUCUAGGUCGAAACAAAAUUAUGAUGAUGAGAUGAGUUGAGUUUAAAAGUGAGGAUUCAUAUAGCCGAGCCCCCAACUUGUUUGGGACUGAGGCAUAGUUGACGAAACUAUUGUUUGUUUAUUGUUUUUCAUCAAACACAAAAUCUUGUAUUUUUGAGUUUUGGAUCA